CUUCACUUAGCACAUGUUCGUUUUGGGGGGCCAAGGCCGCGUCGCGUUUCUUGAGUCCAUCCAUUCAUCAAGACAUUGCACCAUUUUAAUCGUCGACGGCCUGCGCAGGCAUGGCCAGUCCAUCAGAUGACGGUCUAGCAGAAGUCCUAUCAAAUAUGCCAGAUUUCUCUGCACCUGCAUUUUCUUCCGCAGGCCAACGCAAGUUUCGUCUUCAACUCCUCCUCGAUAACAAGGAAAAGCAGCUACAACAGGCCGGAACCCUUGGUCAGCGGGUUCUUGCACAGCAGAUAGAGCUCGAAGAGAAGAUAAGACAGCUCCAGGAAUUUGAUGCAGAACGUGCAGAAGACGAGGAACUAGAUACUGACGCGCGCGAACGUUAUCGCGAACUAGCGGAAACCAUCGCUGCAUGGGACGCAGAGAACGCGCAGCUAUCCAGCGCCUUUGGCCAAAAACGUCCUCCUACCCAGCAAGCAUCUCCGGCCCUACCAAUCAAUGAUCUUCCUCGAGAGGAGCCCGAGCGCUCCAAAGCUUCAGCUUCAUCUGCUGCCCAGUCUCGUCGUGCCAAAAACGCUGCCCAUCGAGCAGACGAUGUCGAAUUUGCGUUCGAGAUCGGAAGCGGACUCCUUACCGAAGUGCGACGACUCCAGAGCCUUCUCGGCGAGCGUGACAAAGCCAUCCAAGACAUGAAGGAGGAGAAAGACGACCUCGAAAAAACCGUCGAGUCUCUACGUACCGCGCUUCGAUCGCAAGAACAGAGUUCAGACAAGUUCAAAGAAGAAAACUGGAACCUCGAAGUUACUCUUCAAGAAGUUCGUACCCAGUAUUCAGACUCACAGUCAACAAUCGUGCGCCUCGAAGGCGAGCACAAGCGGGUCACGAAGCAGCUCAACAACACACGAGAAGCAGCAGACCAGUACAAGAACGAAUUACAGCGUGUCCAAACUGCAUACGAUGAUAUGAAAGCUAAGCACGAGACAGACGUGGCACAGGCGCGUAAGCAUGCUGCGGGUCUACAGCGCGACAAGUCAGACUUGCAGUCCGCGCUUGAUGCACUGAAGGCGGAAGUAGAGAAAUCAAGCCGUCGCCUCGGUCCACGAUUCGGGAGUCCACUCACACCUGGCACAACCCAGUGCAAAGAAUACUCGACCCCUGCUGUGGAGGAUGAUGAUGUCUUUACCUCAGCAAGCACCAACAACAGGCGGAAAAUGGACACUUCGGCUGUGUUCCAGCCUGACGCAUUCGAGGAUCUUGUAGACAUUUCCCCUGACCCGUCACCAUCACGCCCAUUCCAUGCGAGCAACCACCCCAAUAACGAGAUUGAGGCCCUCCAGCAGCGGCUUGCCCACGCUCAGAGGCAGAUCAGCACCCUCAAGGGCAGUUUGCAUCGCGAGAAGGAGAUGCGAAUGGAGUAUAAGCGCAAACUAGAAUCUUCCUCUGGGUAUGCACAUGAUGAAAAUGAACCACCAGAAGAUGAGACGAAUGACGACGACGAGCCUGAGACCAAGCAUCCUCGCCGGCUGACGCCAUACCGUUCCGGUGGUGGCAGAGCCAGAGGCAGGAGAGGCAGGGGAAGGUCCUCCCUUGUCACUAGGCUCGGCAUGGCAGCUCAAAGCCCUAGUCUUACAUCUGAUUACAAUGCCUCUCCUCCCCCGCCUGUACCGCCUUUCCCCGACUUCACCGACGACAUUCUUUCCGAAGAGGGUAACGCGGAGGGCGAGCCGGAAGAGCAAAACCUUGAGUCCUUACAUUCCGCCUCCUCGAAGCGAACAAGCGUUGACGGUAUGGACCCCAUGUUUGCCAAUAUCCUCCGCAAGUCUGCAUCCUACAGCGCGCUCCCAAACCAAUCUAGCCCGCUUCGCCAUUCCCUGCUGGUCCGCUCCUCGCCUCGCGGCAUUGGGCGUGGUGGAGCCCCACAAAGACGCACUCGUGGCGGUGCUGCUUUCCAGGAGGCCAGACCCGCGUCCCUUGUUGGGGAACCUGAGGCUUUGUCUGCAGAGCUCGGUAUUGGCAUGUCAUCUGUUACUGAAGAUGUUGAAGUGAAAGCCACCGCUGAAAUGGCGUGUCAGACUGACUUCGAGGACGUGACGGUGCUCGUACCCUCGCCUUCUUCCCCAGCGAAUGACAUGGGUGUGCAAGUCGAGCAGGCCCUUGAACCCGUGCCAGCAUCCCCUACCACUUCUGAAAUGUCGUGCCAGACUGACGAGGAGUUCUCUGUGGUACACAUGGAAACAGCUGUGCAGCAUGAGCCUGCUUCUCCUGUUGCAUCCCGUACAAGCUUCUACAGAAUGCAACCCCCCGAUCGCGUUUUCGUCGCACGAAGCUCGAUGAGGCGCACGACGCUCACGCAGUCUGAUUUCUCUCGCUCUUCCGAGGGUGACAACACCUUACGCGGUGGCGUCCCUGGUGAAGCUAACGGCCGGCGACCCAUUCCAGGUGGUUUCACCUCUGAGGAGGAGAGCGACAUCGAUGUUGAUAUUGAUGAUGGAGCAACAGAGACCGGUAUAGAAACAGACACAGAUGUGGAGGAUUACCACGACGCGCGGGGGAGUCUUGCCACAGAGUCACGGGAGGACUUCCACUCUGUGUUGACGAUGACAGAUAACGACUUUUCGGAGAGUGAUGAUGAGAGCAUCAAGGCGCUAGUAAACUCAAGGCGGUCGUCAAUAUCGUCUGCGACGCAACGUCGGGAGUUACGCCAUCGUGACACAACUACCUACGAGGAGAAGGGUGUUGGUAUGGAUAGCAUUGAAGAGCCGAAGGUCAUGGUAACCGAGCCCUUCAAGCCAGAAUUGAAGGAAAUGUCUGUUCAAACGGAUACAUUUACUGGUUCACCUGUCAUUACAAGCUGGCAAGACACUUCUGCGUCAUCCAUGACCCCGACUCCCACUCCCGCACCCUCUGUCCCUGCAUCCCCCGCUCUCUUUCGAGUGGGCACGGCAGUGCAACAGUUCCAGUUCGUCCCUGCACCCGCCGUUGCAGCGCCCGCUUCUCCUUCCCCCUCUACUAUUCGCGACUCUAGUCUCAGUACUGCAAGCUUCGGCAUCAUCCGUUCUAUUACCUCCAAUGCAGAUCAUCGACAGUCAGUUGAGUCUGCAGUCUCUUCUGGCGCCGACGAUGGAACUCGUCGUUCAAGGACUACUUCUGUUGUACCCUCUAUUGUAGACAAGACUCGUCCCCCUAUGAUGGCCUUGCCACCACCACCUCGCCAGCCACCUCCAUCUGGCACCAUGGCACCCCCUCCUUUUAUCCCGGAACGGAGAAUAGCCACUACGUCCUCGACAUCGGACGCGCCGCCACCUCGUCCAUCUUCCCCGCCACCUCCAGAACUUGUACAGCGUGCCACCACACCAACAUUUGGCACAAUGCUCUCUGUACAUGGCAGGGGGAGUGCUUACGGUUCAAGGCAGCAUGGCUCGAGCAUGCCCCCGCCCCAAUCAAAUUUGCGGCAGCCGCCAUCCACGAGUAGCUUCCGGUCUGCUGCUGCCAAUGCUGCGGCGUAUGCACAAAACUCGGUUCCGCUGUCUGGCUUACCAUCAUGGGGUGUACACGAGCAACAGAGACGGGAGAUGUCGAGCACAUCCCUGGCGUCGGAUAGAAGCGCGCUUUCACCACGGUCGUCCAUGUCUUCGGACCACAAUGUCUUUUUAAACCGCACACCUGGUGCCAGCAUGCCCAUUACCUCUGCCAAGAAUGUCGAACAGCAUAAUGAUAACAGACAUAGUAUGUCAACAGACCCUGCUGUCAUCCAUGCGAUCACCCAGACCAUGAUCGGCGAGUUCUUGUACAAAUAUACACGGCGCACCAUUGGCAAGGGUCAUGGAGAGAAAAGACACAAGCGAUUCUUCUGGGUGCAUCCGUAUACCAAAACUUUGUACUGGAGCUCUGCUGACCCUGGAUCAUCACACGUUUCAGAGUCGAGUGCCAAGAGUGCUUAUAUUGAAGGUGUUCGCUCUGUCCUAGAUCCCAAUCCUAUGCCUCCUGGAUUAUACCAGUACAGCGUCGUGAUAUCCACAGCCCAGAGAGAAAUGAAGAUUACUGCUCCUACCAAGGAGCGCCACGACAUUUGGCUCAAUGCUUUGAAAUACCUGCUUGCUCGUCCCAGCCCUGUGAUGACACCCUCAGCCAGUCAGAAUGAAAAUACGGCCGCCAUGAGUCCCAUGUCUCAAAGUGCAGAGCUCACGGAUGAGGAUCACCGUCAUUUGAAUGAUACAAGCCCCAAAAGUCAACGAAGUGGCCAAAGCAGCCAGAACGGUGGCGCUUUCAGCACCACGCCGCGGGGCAGCCGGAGUAGAUCACAAAUUUCUGUUCGAGGGUCCGUAGGCAAAAGGUCUGGAACGCCAGCCGCAGAAUACCUCCGAUGGGCAGCGCCCGAGAGCCCGUACAGUCCCGCGAGGUCCUUCGAACGAGUAACGGGUCAUGGCCAAGACGAUGACGACCUUGAGUUUGAACUCCAUGGCCAAUCUCAGUCGGACGACGGGUUCGAGGGCUUGGAAAAUGUGCGCGCUUGUUGUGAUGGACGUCAUACUGUCGGUCAUUCUGAUCAUCACCACCACCCCCACAAUGGUGACCACCUCGAAGUUAGUGCUCCCGCCCGGCCGGUGUCUCCUGCCUGGUCGCUUCGAUCACGAACGGGGAGUGCACAUUCUCGUGAUACGGGCGGAUUGCUUUCAUGGGGCCGAGGGGAUGAUGGGAAACUUCGCUUUGGCUCUCGACGAUCCACAAAGACUGUACCUAACGCUGUUGGUGAUCGGUAG